AUACGUGUUAUGAAACUUUAGGUAUUCAUUAGUAGUUCCGAAUCUUUAACUGCUGAGGCGAAAUUAUGUGAACUUCAUAAUUAGUAAAAAAUAAAAAUUGUUCUAUGUAUAUUGUUAGUUGGGUAUAUAAAAUUUCCUAAGUAUAAAAAAUUUAAUCCUAAAUAUGACGGAAUCUGGAAUCGAUUUGGGCUUUGAUAUGGAGUUUGAUCUAAAUAUAAACUUGUUGAAUGAUAACGACAAUAUGGAUUUCUUACCAAAUGUUACUGAGAAUAUGGAGUUCUAUGAAUUGAAAUCAUCAUCACGCUGUAUACGGCAUAAUGAAAUACCGACAUUUAAAACUGCUACUCCCACUUCACGAACACAACUAAAACUGCAGCUACAACGUGAACAACAGCAACAAAUGAUGAUACAACAACAGACAUUAGACACUGCUAUGGACCCAAAAAUGCAUCUAUUGUUUGGCAGUGGGCAGGGGCUUAUGGAAUCGGAAUUCAUUGACAGCGGUAGUACCAGUGCUUGUGGCAGCGGGUCAUCCAGUUUAGAACAAAUGUCACAGUUAGUGCAAAUGGACAAUUUAAUUGAUUCGUCAAGUGGAGCCAAGCUUAAAGUUCCUCUUCAAAGUAUCGGAGUAGAUGUGCCACCCCAAGUGCUGCAGGUCAGUACAGUGCUUGAAAACCCUACAAGGUAUCACGUUAUCCAAAAGCAAAAGAAUCAAGUGAGGCAAUAUCUCAGCGAAUCCUUUAAGCCGUCUAUGUGGGGCAGUCAUACCAGCGAAAUAAAAUUAGCAAAUAAUUCUGCGUCAACGGGAAAUCUUCAAAAUUCAUCUUUACAGAAAGGUAUUUGCGAUCCAUUGGAGCGUACAAACCGAUUUGGAUGCGAUUCGGCUGUGAGUGCUAAAAGAAUUAUGCCUUCCGAUGACGCAAUGCCUAUUUCCCCAUUCGGUGGUAGUUUUGUACGAUGUGAUGACAUAAAUCCAAUUGAGCCAACUGUAUUACGACCUAAUAGUCAUGGUGCUGGGGAACCAGAAAAUGCACAUAGAACGGCCCAGUUGGGACUUAGUAAAGCUAAUUCAAGCCUAAGUUCAACGCGUUCUUCUUCAGGGAUUGUUAAUUCAAUUCGAAUUUCCAGUACAUCAAGCUCGUUACAGUCUACCUCAGCUCCUAUUUCGCCGAGCGUAAGUUCGGUUGCAACGAGUGUCUCUGAGCUACCAUCAUUCGACAGCGAUCCAGAUGACAUCUUCGAUGAUAUAUUACAAAAUGACUCUUUUAACUUUGAUAAAAACUUCAACUCUGAGCUUUCAAUUAAACAGGAACCUCAAAAUUUAACUGAUGCUGAAAUGAAUGCCCUAGCCAAGGACAGACAAAAGAAAGACAACCAUAAUAUGAUUGAGCGAAGGCGACGCUUUAAUAUAAAUGACAGAAUAAAAGAGCUUGGUACCCUUUUGCCAAAGGGCAGUGAUGCUUUUUACGAAGUAGUUCGAGACAUUCGUCCAAACAAGGGGACAAUCUUGAAGUCCUCUGUUGACUACAUUAAAUGCUUGAAACAUGAGGUGACUCGCUUAAGACAAAAUGAGUUACGUCAACGUCAAGUAGAGUUGCAAAAUCGAAAGCUCAUGUCUCGAAUAAAAGAAUUGGAAAUGCAGGCCAAGUCCCAUGGAAUUUUGUUAUCAGAAAACCACCUAACAUCACUAUCAGCGCCUACUCAACCUUAUCUUAAAAGUUUUAGCCUGUCUCCUACUGCUUCUCGGAGUCGUCGAUCACUUUUUGACCAACCUGUUGAAAAAAAAAUACAAGUUAUUGAUGGUGCCGAUGGAAAUAUGGGAAUGAAUCAGGUUGAUGAGUUUAUGGAAGAUUGCAAGUAUGCAGUACAAGGCGGCGAUCCGAUGUUGUCCUCGCAUAGUCACAUGCAAUCCGCGCCACAAUCACCGAGUUCAAAAACUUUGAAUAGUGGAAGUUUUGAACCAAAGAAUUUUUCGGAGGCUGAUGAAAGCCUUUUUAGAGGCAAAUCAAGUUUAGCAUCAGAUGACUGUUGCGGUAUAAAUUGCAGUACUUCGUGCUAUAUUCAACACCAAUUGACUUCGCGUGAGGGCCAUCCAAAUCAUUCUCACCACACGGGUAUACGAGAAAUUCAUAGUUUGUCUGAUUCGGCUCAAAACUCAGAGUUUAGUAGGCUUGAGCAUUGCGAUGAUCCACUUCUCUCAUCUUCCCAUAGGUCACUUGGCACCGUAGACGAAGAUCAACAUAAUUCAGUUGAUAUGUCUGCAGUCAUGGUACACGACUCCCUAUCCUCUUUGGUAGAUGACAACAAUAGCGAAACAAUGGUUCUUGCAUCUGACACAUUGGAUAUUGAGUUAUAAAUGAUAAAGUUGUUAAAAUUCGAUAUAAUUUCUUUGAGGAAUUAUGUUAAAUUCUACAAGGCUUAAAAGGUCCAUCCUUUUUAUAGUUUGUCAAACUCAGUGAACUUAAAAUAACAUGCUCUUUUAUAUGUAUAGACCGUAUUUUUUCAAUUCAUACUAUUGAUUCACUGAACAUGUCGUUUACAAAUGUAUUAUGAUAAAAGCGCCUUAACGCUAUUUAUGUAUAAACGGUAUAACCAAACACUAUAUUAAAUUUGUUACGUUAGUUUUAGUAAAUGGAAACUGUUAGACUGUGACGAAACAAAUAUAUGUGUCAACACUUACUUCCAAGAACUACAUAGACACAAACAAAAUAUACCGAUGAGAAAAAAAGAAUAUAAAGUUUGUAAGUUAUUGUGGAUUUUUUCAUAAGAUUUGUGAUUUGAUAAAAAAAACACGAAAUAAGAAUGGUCUAAUAUUAUAUAUACCUUUAAUCUAAAUCAUCAGGUAUAAUUUCAGAGCGCCUUCCUUUUCAAAUAAGGAGUUGUGAUAAUUGUGUAUAUUAACAUUGACAAAUGUUUUAUGUAUAAAAUAAGUAAAAGAUUCCUAAAGUAUUGAAUAUAUUAAUUUUGUUCGGCUUAAUAUAUACUAUCACAAUUUUAAUAAAAUGGCUAGUGCUUAGUCACUUUUUAAACUUCUGCAGGGGGACUUAAGCAUUAAAAAUAUUAUUUAAUUUAAAGUAAUUGGCAAUUUAUAAAAUAAAAACGUAUAUCACUCUGGGCUGUCUACAUAAUGACAAAAGGCAACAGGAGAUUGUGCAAACCCAACUGAUAUAUAAACGCAUAGCAAAAAUGAUUCGUUAAAGUUGUCCGAUCUUCAUGAGUGCUACAGCAUUGAAAAUGUAGUCCAAAAACUAAUGUGAUAAUAUAAUAAGAACUUAAUAAAUGGGAGAAACAACUUUAAAUUAAAAAAAAAAAAAAAAAAAAAAAAAUGUGUCCGAAACAAUCGUGCAUGGGUGGAUUUUACAUAGUUUCGACGAAUCUAGCAUAGUUAUAGUACUCAGCGAGUAAUGGGUAUGUAUACUGUUAGUGCUUUGGUAUUAAGAAAAGCUGGGGAAAUAUUUUAAGAAAAAAUUAGAAGAAAUUAACUGGUGACAAAUAAUGUAUCUAGUUUGGGAUUAAAAAACACUUUCAACAUUUUUUAUUUGCUAAAGAAAUCAAUAAAUAUCUCAUGUUAAAUUAAUAAAUAUUUCGAUUCCAAGUAGAUAUAAAUCAAAAAGUGUCGUAAACGUAAUUUUCUUCCAUCACAAGGCUAAAUUAAAAAAAUAAAUAUUUUGCACCGCACUCAGCACCAAUGUAAGUAUACCCUUCUUUAUUACGAACAUCCAGUGUGAAUGGCAGCUGAUAUAAUAAGCGCGUGUCAAAAAAACUUACCUUUCAUCAAUGCAAUAAUGCUUCUGAAUAUUGCCAAACAAAAAUAUUUUGAGUUUUUAUAAUAUGAACAGACUUAGCACAUAACAGAUUUAACUAAUUAAACUUUUGAAAUUUCUGACUUUGUUGACCAGUGGCACAAAAGCUACACUCAACUAACUGCUUGGGUAUAUUUUAUCUGCACUUGUAGUGCUGAUUAUAACAUUUGUAUGUAUAUUUAAAUUCGCUGUAUAUACUACAUAUUUUACUUAAAUAAAAUUUUGACAC